AUGAGUGGUAAAGCGGACCUGGACAAGAAUUCUCAGAACUGUGGCACCGACGGUAAGCUGACGCCUCUGUAUGCGCUGGAGAGUGGACUGUAUUUUGGCUGGGGACGUUACAACCGUGUCAACACGGCCACCGUAAGACGUUACACCUUCGGUCAGAACGGAGACCUGAUUCCCACGAAAGCUGGCGUGACCUUUGGACUGAAGACGUACGACGGUCUCAAAGAACUGGUUAUGGAUAUGACGCUGCUGAAAGAACUCCUGGGAGUGGAUGAAGCCAACAAUGUUCCAAAGACCUUGAAAUCCGCUCUGGCUUAUGACAAGCUCAAAGAGGAAGUGGCUGAAGAGUUCACUGAACUCAUCCACCAAAUGCGCGGUCGCAAUGGAAAAGUCAGCUGUGGGAGUGCCAGCGAUGACGAGUGGGCAGCGGCUGAAAAGGCUAUUGUGGAGUCGCGCUAUGUGGAGGCUGUUCUGUUGGAAGCUGACCAAGUGGAUCUUGGGCAGCAGUAG